CAGAACGAAACACGGGAGUUUCGGAAUAUUGAUUACAUUGGCUCCACCUAACGUUUGUUAAAACUUGUUUUGGUCAUUACAGGUUCAAUUCAUGACUUGCGGAAUCUGGAUCGCCGUUUGUUUUCCAAUUGCUUUUGCUAUUAUCUUACAGUACUUAUACAACAAAGAAGACCAAACUUCUCUCUCUCUUGUUGCUAGAAUGGCAGAGGGAUCAGAAAGUAACCCAGAUAGUAGAAUUGAGGAAUAUAAAAAAAUGAACAAAAGUGCAUUUAUUCUGGGCUACACAGGGGAAGUUGGGAAAGUUCUUUUGGAAGAAGUGUUAAAAGGAGGGACUUUUAGUCGAGUGGUAGCGAUUGGCAGACGUAAAGUGGAAUACAAAGAUGAAAUAUACAAAAAUUUGGAACAAGAAAUAGUGGAUUUUGACAAGCUUGAAGACCAUGCAAAAGUAUUUGAAGGCAUUGAUGUGGGUUUCUGCUGUUUAGGGACCACAAGAGGGAAAGCUGGAGUGGAAGGAUUCAAAAGGGUUGAUUAUGACUACGUAGUAAAUUCUGGCAAGAUGGCUAAAGCAGGAGGAUGUAAACAUUUCCACUUGGUCUCAUCGCAGGGAGCAGAUAAAAACAGUUUCUUUCUGUAUCCCAAAACAAAGGGUUUAGCUGAAGAAGCACUUACCAAUAUGAGUUUUGACAGACUGUCAAUAUAUAGACCAGGAGUACUGAUGUGCAACAGACAGGAGAGCCGCCCUGGUGAAGCAAUUUUCCGUGCUUUAGUGACGCCAAUUCAUAAAGCAUUCCCAGGUGCUAUGUCAACAUCAACACUUACUGCAGCAAAGGCUAUGAUAAACUGCACAGUGCUUCCAAAGGAUAAAAGUGUAGAAAUAUUUGAAAACAAAGCCAUACAUCGCCUUGCUGGAGAGAGGAAGUAAUAAACUAAACAGUUGUUAUCUAAUUGAAGAAAUAUGAAAUAGGUAAUGAAUUUGGUUGAUUUAAAGUAAAAUAUUCAUGUACACCCAAUAUUAAAUAUCAUGAUACUGCUGCAGUAGUUUGGAAUGAAAAUUUUCACUUUAUAUGUAGGUUUAUAUAGAAAAAAAUAGCUACAGAGCUCAAGUUCAUGUGAAGAUAUUGUAAAAUACAAACAAUUUUUAUCUAACUCAGUUUUUUAAUUGCUCUAAUUUGUGCCACUACUGGUCUUUUUAAUCAAUAUUGACAUGUAUUGAUCUUGUUUUACUUUAAUUUAUUUGUUAUAUUUAAUUCACAAAAAAAUCUUAAUGGGCGGUGUGAUCAUUGUUAUGAAAA